AUGCCGGCGGGCCAUUGGUUUGUCUUUUUAGGCUCAGCCUUGGCACAGCCCUUCUUUGAUGACAUCAAGGGUUGGGGCCAGGAACGCGAACUUGCUGAAUAUCAUGGCACUCACGUUUGUUCCGGCUUUGAUGAACAGUGGGGCCUCUGCCCUGAAUUAGAGUCUUGCCAUACCUGCGAGCCGAGGGAUUGCCUAUUUGACUCAUGGGGCCAGUGGUUUGAUGCCGGAGGAUGCGCCCAGAUUGAGUUUCGCCAGCGUGGCAUCGCAGAUUCCAACAAUGAAUGUGGCAAGCCUUGUGAAGGACGAAAGAUGGAGUCUCGAGCCUUCCCAAAAGCAAGGUGCGAGUUGAAUGAAGUUGAUUGCCAGUGGGUUGAAUGGUCCGCCUGGUCAGAAUGUGGCACUCCAAAUGACCAGUCCACCCGUUCACGCUCCAUUGGGCAAAAGAACACCGGACAAGGUGCACCAUGCGUUGGAGAGAUGAAAGAGACACGACCCUGCAGUCCUGGUCCAAGCCCGGAAGAUUGUCAACUUAGUGAGUGGCACACCUGGAGUGAAUGCAGCUCUCCGUGUGGUGCAGGAGAACACUCCCGCUUUCGCAAGGUUAUAUCAGAGGCCAAACAUGAUGGCCGUCCGUGCCAAGGAGUUAUCCAUGAGACCGACACCUGUGAAUUGAGGCCUUGUGAUCGCAUGGAUUGCCAAAUGAGCGAGUGGUCCGAGUGGUCGUGGAUGAAUCCCAUGGAGGACGAUUCGGCCCAUACAGAUCAGUGGUUCCGCAAGCGCACCGUCUUGGUUCCACCUGGAAUUGGGGGAAGCCCUUGUCCGGGUGGGUUGAUUGAGACGAGGGGCAAAGCCAGGACGAGCACCCCUUGUGUGGUGGGUGAGUGGGCUUUUUGGUCCAAGUGCGAUCGAACAUGUGGUGGUGGGCAAAAGACCAGGGAACGAUCGGUAACCCCUGCAGAUGGCAAUGCUGAUGGUGACGAUGAUCAUUGUGGCUAUCAGAUUCAGAAAAUGAUUGCACCUUGUGGCCUUGGUCCUUGCCAUUCUGCCGGCACAUCAGACUGUCAAAUGUCUGAAUGGGAUGAAUGGUCCCAGUGCAGCGCACGGUGUGGCACAGGGUCCAAGUCAAGGUCACGAAGCAUUGUUUCUGAUGCGAUGUUUGGCGGGGCUCCAUGUGAAGGUCCUUUGAAGGAGCUGGAUCGUUGCGAGGUGAGCGAAUGCAACCUCGUCGACUGCGCUUGGGGUGAUUGGGCUGGCUGGUCAGACUGCUCCUGUAAAUGUGGUGGUGGUACGAAGCGCCGAACGAGAAACGUUGUUCAAGCUCCUCGUAAUGGUGGUCAACCCUGCGAGCCACAGGACAAAGAGGAAGCGGAACCCUGCAACACCGAGCCAUGUGGACAAGGGUGCAUCGAUGGGAAAUGGGGAGAAUGGGGCACCUGGACUCAGUGCUCUGCAACCUGUGCCAGCAGCUACCGAUCCCGCAGCCGCAAUUUGGAAGUCCAGCCAAGCCCAUGUGGAAAAGCUGCCGCAGGGCACCGCGACGAGUUUGAGGUUUGCAGUGAUCUCCCGCCCUGCAUCCCAGAUUCGGAUUGCCAGCUGCACGAGUGGGGAGAGUGGUCUCAUUGCAGCUGCCAUUGCUUUGGCAUCCGUGAGAGGAACCGCUACAUCUCUCAUUUUGCAACGGGCAAAGGAAAGCCUUGCCCCGUCACCGCUCUCAAGGUGAUCGAGCCAUGCAACCCUGGGCCGGUCACCCCAUUCGAUCCAGAUGACAAAUACUCUAUGCCCAUCCAGCUACAGGAUCCACCUUUAGAUUGCCAAGAGAAACCGCCUGUGCAUUGUGAGCUUCACCCUUGGAACGAGUGGCCCAGUCCUUACCCUGCUCCGCUCUGGAAGUUUGCAGUGUUGUGA